CAACCCGAACCUGAAGGCCCUGAUACUUCGGCCUGCCGCUUGCGUUCCCUUCGAAGGGGGUUGCCAUGGCACAGGUCACCGACGACGGCGGAGGGACGAAUGAGGCGGGGGCGACCCGUGAUUGGUCGGAGCUGACGCCAGUAUGCCUGACGAACGUCUUCCACAGGCUGACUUUGGAGGAUCGUUGGAAGGGGACGAUGCUUGUCUCGCGAUCUUGGCGGGACGCUUCGCGGGAUCCGUCCCUCUUUGUUGCCCUGGACCUUGAGCCUAUGUUCGAAUUCGCGGGAUCUUGUCGCUCUGACUGCGCUGAGUGGUGGACCCCGGCGUUCCAGAGGCGCGUUGACGCCAUGCUCCGGUCCGCUGCCCUGUGGGCGGAAGGAUCGCUGCAGGAGAUCCGAGUUCGCCAUUGUUCUGAUGACUCCCUCUGCUUCGCUGCCGAGAGAUCACCAAAUUUGCAGAUCCUAACUAUAAAGAGUAGCCAGAGUGUAACUGACAGGUCAAUGUUCAAAAUUGCAUCUUCCUGUCCCAUGCUUGUGGAAUUAGACAUAAGCAAUUGCUAUGAAGUUUCUUUCAAGUCAAUUGAGGUGGUUGGGAAGGAAUGUCCUAACCUUAAAGUUCUCAAAAGAAACUUCUUGAACUGGCUUGAUCCUUCACAGCAUUCUGGUAUUGUUCCAAAUGAUUACUUAGGAGCCUGCCCUCAAGAUGGAGACAGGGAGGCUAUGACAAUUGCAAAGUUCAUGCCAAAACUGAAGCAUGUUGAACUUCGUUUUUCUAAAUUAUCAGUUAGGGGCCUCGUUUCACUUUCAGAGGGAUGUAGAGAUCUAGAAUUCUUGGAUAUCUCUGGCUGUGCAAAUUUGACCUGUAGAGGGAUAAAGAAAGCUUCUGCCUAUUUGAAGAAUCUUAAGACAUUCAUCAGGCCCAACUUCUACAUUCCAAGAUCUGUGUUUAAUACAGAGAGAUACGGUCAUUGGAGGUUGUAUGACGAAAGGUUCCAGACAAAUGUUUUCCAGUUGUGAUCGUAGCCUGUUCUCAUCAUUCUUUCUGAUGAGACUGCAGUCUAUUGUUGACUUUUAUAUCGUAUUAUUCUUCGAAAACAAAAUUUGAUGCUGUAUAAAUAAGUACUUAUUGCUGAACUUUUGUCUACUUUUUUUAAGAGCCACAUCUACUCUUGGAUGGCAAGGCAUUUCUCUUUCUUAUGUGAAAUUCUCUGGUAUCAUCAUCUAUACUGAGUUUUCUGUUUU